AUGUCCCCUAGAGUCAAGACGGAACCCGGGAGGGUCACUCUUUCUCAGGCAACCCUGCAGAACAUGGAUCAACUCUCUCAGCCCCAACACAACCCUUACAUGCCAGUAGUCUCCAGCCUGGUUUCCCGUGCGAUCCAGGAUGAUGAACUCUCCAGCCAGGAUAACUUUUCGUUAUGUUCAAGCACACAGCAUGGCCGUGGAACCUCCCACGAGAUGAAGGCGUGGUCUCUGAGUGAUGAUAUCAUUGACCCCAGCGCCGUCUCGACCGAGCCAGAGUCCCCAGAAGUUCAGAUGCUUUCCUUUUCUUUGUCGCAACAGCUGUUGCCCUCUGCUGGAAGCCAGUCGGAUGUUAUCUACCACGCCGUCUCCGAUUAUGCAGGCUUGCCGGAUAUGAAUGAUCAGAAUGACCUGGACUUCCAAAAUUAUGCUUCCAUGGUGGAUUUCAAUGCUUAUGAAAAUGAUGCUUGUGCUCAAAAUGGAUCCCAGAACUCUGUCUCCGACGAUGCUCUGUCCGUCGGUCACAGCUCUCAUACGGAUGACAGCCACUUUGUCGCAGCCAGCGACGCAUGGCCCCUCACAGUGGACACCGGAAACUACUCUGGAUCUCCCCUGGAACAAUUGUCCAAUGCCUUCCAGACUGCCCCUGUCUCCCCCCCUCUGACCGAAGCAAGCAAUGAUGUUUCUGUCACCUCAUCAUGCCCACACUCUGGAUAUCCCUCAUAUAUGCCUCACGACGGCGUUAUGCUUCGGGAUGUGACUACCACCCCCAUCUGCGGCCAAGGCCUGAACCUUGGGGACCCUAUGUUUCCUCUUACCCCUCCCCUGAGCGAACAGGACCCCAACAGAACCAUCCGGCCAACAAAGCAAGCUCGCAGACCGGCCUUGUCCGGCGCUGCCUCCCAGUCUCAGAGCAAGUCUGAGCAGGACAUUUUUCUCCCCGCUGCGGAGCCUCUCCGCCAAAGAUCCAAGGAAGGCGCUGAAUUGAGGAACCCCCGUGAUCACCCUUAUUACUCCCUGCCGACUCAAAGUGAUGGAAAAUACUACUGCCCCUUUGCUUCUGGAGAUAAGCCCUGCAACCACCCCCCAACCACCCAGAAGUGCGCUUAUCACAAAUACUUGGAUUCCCACUUGAAGCCUUACCGCUGCAAAGUCCCUGUCUGCAUGGAUGCCCAGCUGCAGUUCUCUUCAAAUGCUUGCCUGUUUCGCCAUGAACGCGAGGCCCACGGAUUCCACGGCCAUGGAGACAACCCCCACCUCUGUCUGUUCCCAGGCUGCGAAAGAGCCGUGCCCGGAUAUGGGUUCCCUCGUAGAUGGAAUCUCUAUGACCACAUGAGACGUGUUCACGACUACGCUUCGUCCGAGCGUCCCAGCUCCCGCGAACACUCCCCCAGCGCCGGCCAGGCUGCGAAGAAGAGGGAGAGCACUGGACGCAAGAGACGUGUCACCGGUGUCACCGGUGCUCCGCAGAUGAAGCGGUCACGCUCCAACCAGUCGCAGACCAGCGUCUCAAAGGUGGCCCACAUCCCCGCGCACCACGGCCAGAGACUGCAGAACGCCGAGAGAAGCUAUUAUAGCUGUCGCUCUCGGUUGCUUGAGGAACUAGCCAGCAUCCAACCCCAGGACUCGGCGAUGCACGAGAAGGUCAAUGCUAGCCUUCAAGAACUGAUCACCUUGGGACUGAACUACCGCCACAUCGAAGCCAGCCAGGCCGCUGCUCAAUUGAGCAACUGA